AUCUCUCCUUCCCUGCUCCUCCUUCCAUCCCUUCUUCCAUUUGUCGGGGGAGGACGAUGGGUGGUGGAAGCCCAGCCGGGGGCCAGUCCCUGCACCAGUCGGUGGGUCUCCUCGCCAUCUCGGCAGGCGCUCUGUUGCUCUCAGUGCAUUUCUACAGCUUCACGCGGCCGGUGCCUUUGCUCUCCGAAACGGCCCUUGGGGCCCUCCUGCUCUUUAUCUCCUGCCUCGUUGGAUAUGCAGGGGUCCGGAAGUACCUCCAAAAUGCCCCCAUUUUUGUCUCUCUCUGCCUGACCAUCUCAGUCCUUUGGGCCAGCUAUGGGUCCAUCCAAGUGCUGGCUGGACAAGGGCUCCUCCGUGACGCUGUUGAUGUCCGCAAUGCUGCUGUUCCAGGGCUGGCAGCCUUCAGCCUGGCCUUGCUUCUGGUGGCCAUGGUGGGCUUCCUCCAGAGAGAGGCCAUCCUGGCUGCAGUGGCCGCCUCCCUUUCCCUGGUGUGUGCCCAUGAAGUGGCCUUCUUCUACGAUGUCGCCUUUGGCUCGGGUGGAUCGGCUUUUGGCUGCUUGGCAGUCUGUCUUGUGGGGGGCUACGCCGGCUUGGGGAGGGCCCUCUUCUUCCUCAGCAAGGGGGGCAUUGUUUUGCCAGGCACAGACCUGGCUGAAAGAGGAGCCAAGGAGGGGCCAAACACAGCGUCUAAUGACUUGAUCCCUUUCGGACUCAUCCUCAACCUGCUGUCCUCCAGUGUCUUUGGCUGCCAGAUCCUAGGAGUGACCACUGAGCUCUCCCUUGGCCAAGUCCCUUGGCUUUGGGCUGGUGGGCUCUGCCAACUAGGCAUCUCUGUCUCCUGCUACCGAACAGGGGAUGCCCUCCUGGCCACCUUCUCCAGCUUCACAGCCAUCUUGAAGUUUGUGGCCGGCUACUCCCUCCUGGCCUUGCUGUUUGUGCCCAAAGUGCCCACCUUCCCGAUCCCAUUCUUCGUGGCCUUUGCCCUCCUCUUUGCUGUUUUGGCCAUAUUCCUUGCCCUUGAGAGCUUAGUUGAUGGCAUUUACCUCCUCUUCUAUGUAGCCUUGUGCAUCGCUUUGGCUUCCAGCCCCCAUGGCUUUUUUGACAGUGGCCCUCAAGGGGUUUCUGUAGCCAUUUUUGUGGCCUCGGCCCUCAUGGUUCUGGUUCAGCUUUAUAACAGGAGGGCGAGUGUCCGCAUCCCUCAGGGAGAGCGGCUGCUCAAGUCUCGGCUCUCGGGCCUCAGUACUUUCAAGUUCUGGGAAGGAGAGGCUUCCCAUGCCCCAUAUUUGGGCUACUCCAAAUAUGCAGAUGCAGAGGCCCUUGGCUAUGCUGCCAGUGUAUUGGCUUCCUUUGCCAUCACAAUGGCGGUCGAACGGACCUCCCCCCUGAGCACAGUGGUCAUCCCUUGUGUGGUGGCAGCCGGAGGGGCUGUGAAACUCUUGUGUGCCUUUGUGGCCUUCUCUCGUGGCAAGACCUUGGAGAGUGGGAUCUUCACCCUCUAUGGCUGCUUUUGGGUCAUCUGGGGCCUGGCCAGAUAUGGGGGGUUCUAUGGCACAGCCCACGGUGACACCCAGGUCCCCAUGACCCUUGUCUCCCUCCUGGUCCUCAAUGCCUUCCUUGCCUGUGGGACACUUUUCCUGGCCCUCUCCUGGUUUGCUUUGGUCUUGGCCUUUGAGCUCAUCAUUCUCAGCUUUCUUCUGGAUGCUUUGGGUGCCAUCCCCACCGGGUAUGACAUUGCCGUCACCAUCGUCUUUGGACUGGUCAGCUUCUAUGGCUUCCUCUCAACAAUGGUCAAUGGCACCUUUGAACGGCCUCAGCUUCCCGUCGGAAGACCGAUCCUGAAGCUUCGUGGCUUUGGAGGAGGAAGCCCCCAGUGUCCUCAUCUUCCGGCCAGGAAGGCCUCUUCGGUCAAGCAAGUCGCAGAAAUCAUGAAGCAAGGUGGGGCCUGUGGGAUCCCCACGGACACUGUCUAUGUCCUUGCAGCCGCCUGCAACCGGCCGGAUGCUGUGGAGAAGGCUUACAACACUAAGCGCCAAGCUGAGGACCGUCCCAUGUCCCUCUGGAUUUCGAACCUGAAGCAACUGGAGCCGGUCCAGCACCUCUUCAGCCCCAUCCUCUGGGACUUCAUGGAGACUGCCUGGCCCUCGCCCAUCAGCCUGGUGAUCCCUCGAGGAGAAUGGCUGGACUACCUGGGCUUGAAGGACUCCGCCAAGUACGUUGGCACUCCUCAGAGCAUUGCCAUCCGCAUCCCAGAUUGCUCCGUCACCACCCACCUUAUUGACUUGGUCGGUCCGAUUACGGUCACGUCUGCCAAUCCCACCGGAGAAGCGGACACCACCCACCACAACCAGGUGUUUGCCAAGCUGGGCAAUAAGGUGGAUGCUGUCCUAUGCGGGGGCCCUUCUCCAGAGAACAUUGCCUCCACAGUGGUGGACUGCACCAAGCUCGAGAGCGGGAAUAUUGGGUUCUUCCGAGUUGGCAUUGUCCCCAAAACCCAGGUCCUUCAGAUCUUCGAAAAAGUGCAGAAGAAGCAUCAGUUGGGUCCUGUGAACAAUGGCACCACAGCAAUGGAGGAUAGCACUGAGGACCUGCAGAAUGGCACCCAUGCGCCAGGGGAGCCUCCCAUGGAGACCGAUGAAGCAUGCCACCCGGAAGAGACAGGGCCUUCUUCCUGAGCAAAGCUGGUUGAGAGGGACCCGCCUUCAGACGGGCCCCAAAGCCAUUGGUCGCAAUGAAAGAGAGACUCCAUCCUCGCUCUCUUUCCUUGUACAUCAAAUCCUCAUGGUUUUGUUUUUGAGCAUCA